AUGAACAACAAUCAAAUUCUCUUGUCAGGACUGCUCGCUACAUUCGUCUCCAGCGUUGCUGCUGGUAACUGGAACGCUGGUGACACCAUCGCCCUGUUGAUUGGUAUCGCUAUGUUCAUCGUCCUUCUCCUUGCUUUCUUGGGCUGGUUGUCAAGAAGACAGUAA